UCCUGGAGAUCUAUAGUCUUGUAGGUUUUCGUCCAACCCAAAUGUAGCGUAUCUGAUUCAGCUAGUUAAGGUCUUGUUGAAGGGUAAUUAAAAUAAUAAGGUGUGUUUUAGGGUAGGACUGAAAACCCACAAGAUGGAAGAUCUCCAGGAAGAGGGUUGGGCAGCUCUGAUUUAAACCAUCUGAUGCUAUUUUACGUUUCAUAACAAAAAAGUAAUCCAUGCCGUGGUCGAUAUGAAACACAAUUUAAAUGAGUCCUACCAUAGAUAGACUGUAAAAAGAUCACACAUACAAUAAAUAAUCUUUCUUCAGGACACGUCACUUCCGAUUCAAAGUUUUACUUCCGAAAAGCCGCACAUUUUCUCCCUCUUUCUUUUCGCUUAGAACGCCAUCAUGGGUCGCAUGCACGCUCCUGGCAAGGGCCUGUCCCAGUCUGCACUUCCCUACAGGCGCAGUGUGCCCACCUGGCUGAAGGUUACAUCUGAUGACGUUAAAGAGCAGAUCUUCAAGCUCGCCAAGAAGGGUCUUUCUCCCUCUCAGAUUGGUGUGAUCCUUAGGGACUCUCAUGGUGUUGCCCAGGUGCGCUUCGUCACUGGAAACAAGAUCCUGAGGAUCCUCAAGUCCAAGGGCCUGGCCCCUGACCUGCCUGAGGAUCUGUACCACCUCAUCAAGAAGGCUGUUGCUAUAAGGAAGCAUCUGGAGAGGAACAGAAAGGACAAGGAUGCCAAGUUCCGUCUGAUUCUCACUGAAAGCAGAAUCCACAGAUUGGCCCGUUACUACAAGACCAAGAGAGUUCUCGCUCCCAACUGGAAGUACGAAUCCUCUACUGCUUCUGCUCUGGUGGCAUAAGUCAUUUUCACAAAUAAAGAUCCAUUUGGAAGGA